ACCUUUGGACUGGUUGUUGGGGGAAACCGCCGCGAGCCGGUUCUGCUGUCAGUCCACUCCCAUCACGUCUCUGGAAAUCAGCUGAGCUGCCAAAUAUCUACUUGUAAACAACACAUAUCAGCGCGCAGAGAAAACAGCGCGAGCUCCGUUGGAAACCAGGAACGGGCGCGUGCAUGUCGCCGUGCAGCGCCAUGAAGUCCAGCUGAGCUGCAGCCGCAAGGGGGCGCGAGAUCCCCUCACAGGUCCUUUAGUCUCCAUCAGGACCCCCUGGUUGAGUCCGGCGCUGCCUUGUGGACCCCUGCUGCUGGGACCAGACUCCCGCUCCGGACUUGACAUCCAGAAUGACGCAUUCACGGGGAAACGCUUUACUUUACUGCUCUGUUGUUUGUGUAAGCGAGAAGAGGGAUAAACUCCCAGACAGCGUCUCUGCGCUGAUCCCUGCUGUCUCCAGGAGGAGGCCGAGGCGCACAGGAGCCCUCCAUCACCGCAAAGGAAUGCAGAAAACUAUGUAAAAGUUUCCGAGUGUGUCAGUUGGUGCGCGUGUUUGAGUCUGUUCAGAGGUUACGCAUCACUUUUUGGCCCAGCUGGAUGUCGUAAGCGUUCCCGGCGGGGCAGGCUGAGCUGGGAGCAGCCCCCCUGUUAAGUAGCGGACUGUGUGGGGACUCUUCCCACUUGGAAAGAAGCUCGUGGACGCGUCUGGGAACCCCAAACCCGCAGAGCUCUUGGACUUCAACAUCGGACCACCUCAGUCUCUCUUUUCUCAGGCAGGGGCUCUACACAGAAGUGGCUUAAACCUUUUUUUGAAUUAUUAUUAUUAUUAUUCUUUUCUCUUAAAACUAAAGAAAUUAGGAGUUUGCUCCAUAGCUUGCUGCAUGUGCUGCUGAGCUGGAGGAGCUGAAGAUGCAGAGCAGGGUGUUUCUGGCGGCGGCUGCCCUCCUGGCGCUGCUGCUGGCCUCCUCUCAAGCCCAGGAACAAGUGGACCCCCCAACAGACCUGAGGUUUAAGAUUUUAAAUGAAAACACAGUGCAGAUGAUCUGGAGUCGACCGCAGUCGAGGAUACAAGGCUACAGAAUACAAGUGACCGCAGACUCAGAAGUAACAAGAGAAUUUUCUCUGCCUCCAUCUGUGACCAGGACCACCAUCUCAGACCUGAGUCCAGAUGUGGACUACGAUGUUUUGAUCAGUGCGUAUGCCGGAUCGGAGGAGAGUCUCCCCGUCUCUCGCCAGAUCACCAUUGAGUCGAGUGGGAGCUUGAGAGGAGGCAGCAGAAAACCAGACCCCUCCGAAUCAGUCAAAUGCCCUGCCAGUGCCAUCGCUGAUGUGAUCUUCCUGGUGGAUGUCUCUUCCAGUGUUGGCAGGAACAACUUCAAACACAUCCGCAGCUUUAUGUCAGCGACAGCCGGAGCCUUUCAGAUUGGCGAGGACAGAACCCGCGUGGGCGUGGUCCAGUACAGCGACAGCCCCCGAACUGAGUUCAACCUGAACGAACACCUGACCCGACCGGCGCUGCUGAAGGCCAUUGGCUCGCUGCCGUUCCAAGGAGGCGACAGCAGGACAGGCGACGCCCUCGACUACCUCCUGAAAAAUACUUUCACCGAGGCGGCCGGAGCCAGGAAAGGUUUUCCCAAAGCGCUGGUGAUCAUCACAGAUGGCAAAUCUUCGGAUCCAGUGGAGAGUUAUGCCAAGCAGCUCCGGAGCAGGGGGGUGGAGAUCUUUGUCCUCGGGAUUCAAGAAGCCGACGAGGCAGAGAUGAAGCUGAUGGCCUCCCCGCCUCACACCCACCACGUCUACACCGUGGCCAGCUUUGACGUGAUUAAAACCGUUCAGGGGGAGCUCAUUGCUCAGGUGUGUUCGUACGUGGAUGACCAGCUCAGCGUUCUCACCAGUGGAGAAGAAGCUGUUGAGCCAGCCUCCAACCUCCAUGUCCUGGAGGUGGCCUCAAAGUCCAUGAGAGUGACCUGGGGCGCCUCAGUUGGUGAGGUUUCUGGCUACAGAGUCCAGUUGAUCCCAAUGAUGGCCGGUAGCAAGCGGCAGGAUCUGUAUGUGGGCCCGACCCAGACCUCGGUGGUGGUCAGAGACCUUUCUCCAGACACAGAGUACCAAGUCAGUCUGUUUGCCUUGAAGGGGCUGGUACCCAGCGAGCCUGUCAUGGUCAUGCAGAAGACGGAGCCAGUUAAAGUCUCUUUGGAGUGUUCGCUUGGUGUGGAUGUGCAGGCCGAUGUCGUGUUUCUAGUUGACGGAUCCUACAGCAUUGGUCCCGCAAACUUUGUCAAAGUGAGGGCCUUCCUCGAGGUCUUAGUAAACACCUUUGAUAUCGGACCAGACAAGGUUCAGAUCAGCUUGGUCCAGUACAGCAGGGACCCUCACACCGAGUUCUACCUGAACACUCACCAUGACCUGAAUGCCGUUGUCAAAGCCUUGAGGACGUUCCCGUACCGUGGCGGCUCCACCAACACCGGCAAGGCCAUGAUGUACGUGAGGGAGAGGGUCUUUCAGACCAGCAGGGGGGCACGCACCAACGUCCCCCGCGUGACCAUCCUCAUCACUGACGGGAAGUCAUCUGAUGCCUUCAAGGACCCGGCCACCAAGCUGAGAAACGCCGAUGUGGAGAUCUUUGCUGUGGGUGUGAAAGAUGCCGUACGAAGUGAGCUGGAGGCCAUUGCCAAUACUCCUGCUGAGACCCACGUGUACACCGUUGACGACUUUGACGCCUUUCAGAGAAUUUCUAAGGAGCUGACUCAGUCCAUCUGCCUGAGGAUUGAGGCAGAGCUUCGCACCAUCAACCAGAGACAACUGGUCCAACCCAAGGCCCUAUCCUUCUCAGAAGUCGGAUCCAGAAGCUUCAGGGCUUCCUGGGAGAUCGAUGCUAACAACGUCGAGUCCUACUGGGUCCAGUUCAAGCCAGAAAAGGAUGUGGAAGGACAUUACGUGUCCAUGUCUGUUCCUGGGGACACCGUCACUGCUGUCCUCCCCCACCUCACCCCUCUCACCCGCUACCAAGUCAGUGUUUCCGCUCAGUACAAAAAAGGAAGCAGCUUAGCUGUGACCGGACAUGAGACGACUCUAGAAGAAACGGGCUCCGUUCGAAACCUCAGAGUAUCCGAAGAGACGACAAACAGCUUCAGGGUGUCAUGGCAACCGGCUCUGGGAGCCGUCAUCCGGUACCAGCUAACCUACGAGCCGGUCAGGGACGGGAACUCCAGGAUGGAGACGGCCACUUCUGGCACAGAAACCACGAUUGUGCUGCAAAAUCUCCAGCCUCGCACCACCUACCGGGUCACCGUCAUUCCUGAGUACCAGUCCAGCCUGGGCAUGCCACUGCAGACCGACGGCACCACCAAAGAAGAGGUGGGUCCUCCUAAAAACCUGGUCACCAGCGAUGUAACGGAGUCCAGCUUCGUGGUGUCCUGGACGGCAGCGCCCGGGAAUGUCAACAAAUAUCGAGUUAGAUGGAAGUCGCUGUUUUCUGACGAGUCUGGAGAGAAAACGGUGCCAGGAGAUGUAACGGACACCAUGCUGGAAGGACUGAGUCCAGAGAUGCGUUACCAGGUCUCUGUCAUCGCUGCCUACGGCGACGAAGACAGCGAGCCGCUCAGCGGACAGGAAACCACCGAUGCUUCAGCUGCUGGCAAAAGGUUGUUGGUGUCAGAUGAGACGGAACGGACCAUGAAGGUCACCUGGACUGCGGCACCGGGAAAGGUGCUCAACUACCGGCUGAAGUAUGUCCCCCGCGGUGGAGACAAAGAGGUGGUGCUGAAGCUGGCGGGGACGCUCACCUCCAACGUCAUGAAGCGCCUGCAGCCCACGACCACCUACGACAUCAGCGUUCUGCCCAUCUACAAGCGCGGGGAAGGAAAAGCAAGGCAAGGAGUAGGAACAACACUGUCGCCCUUCAAGGCUCCCAGGAACCUUCAGACCUCAGAACCCACCAAGAACAGUUUCAGGGUCUCCUGGGAUCCGGCGCCUGGAAAUGUUAAGGGCUACAAAGUGACCUUCCACCCCACAGGGAAUGAAGUCGACCUGGGGGAGCUCCUGGUGGGUCCAUAUGACAACACGGUGGUCCUGGAGGAGCUCAGGGGGGGAACGCGGUACUCUGUGGCUGUCAUCGGGAUGUUUGAUGGAGGCGUGAGUUUGCCUCUCGCGGGCGAGGAGAAGACGACCCUCAUGGACGAUCCUGAACCUCCUCCUCUGGAUCCUUCUGACACUCAGUGUAAGACCAGCGCAAAGGCGGACAUUGUGCUGCUGGUCGACGGCUCCUGGAGCAUCGGUCGCAUCAACUUCAAAACCAUCCGCAACUUUAUUGGUCGUAUGGUCAGCGUGUUCGACAUCGGCGUGGACAGAGUGCAGAUCGGUCUGGCUCAGUACAGCGGAGACCCGAAGACCGAGUGGCACCUCAACGCUCAUCCAACCAAAGAGUCCCUGAUGAACGCUGUCGCCAACCUGCCAUAUAAAGGAGGAAACACCAUGACAGGAAUGGCUCUGAACUACAUCCUUCAAAAUAACUUUAAGAUCAAUGUGGGGAUGCGUCCAGACUCUCGCAAGAUUGGAGUCCUGAUCACCGAUGGAAAGUCUCAGGAUGACAUCAUCUCAAACUCCCAGAAGCUGAGAGACAGCGGCAUCGAGCUGUACGCCAUCGGCGUGAAGAACGCUGACGAGAACGAGCUGAGGUCCAUUGCCUCUGACCCGGAUGAGAUUCACAUGUACAAUGUGGAGGAUUUCCGCUUCCUGUUGGACAUCGUUGACGAUCUGACUGUCAACCUGUGCAACAGCGUCAAAGGUCCAGACGCUGAGCUGAAGCCGCCGACCAACCUGGUUACAUCCGAGGUGACCCACCACUCCUUCCGAGCCAGCUGGACAGCGCCCGAUGACCCCGUGGACAAGUACCGCGUGACCUACAUGAUGGCGGCUGGGGGACCCACCCCGGAGCUGCUGGUGGAGGGGACGGUGAUCACCGUGGUGCUGCAGAAGCUGACCCCCCUCACCGAGUACCUGGUGAACGUCUACAGCCUGGUGGGGGAGGACAGCAGCGAGCCUCUGAAGGGCACAGAGACCACCUUGCCGCUGGCAGCCGUGAGGAACAUGAAGGUGUAUGAUGAAGCCCUGAGCAGCAUGAGGGUGAGCUGGGACGCCGUCGUCGGUGCGACAGGCUACAUGCUGCUGUACAGAUCCAUCAACGCCACCGAGCCUCAGCUGGACCAGGAGAUUCGUGUUUCAGGAGAUGUGACGAACACCCAGCUGCUGCAGCUGAUCCCCAACACGGAGUACUUCAUCAGGCUUUUCGCCCUGUAUGGUGAAGCUGCCAGCGACGCUCUGGAGGGCAGAGGAGUCACCUUGUCCAUGCCUCCAGCUGGAGUCCUGAGGAUCACCGACGUUACUCACAGCACCAUGAGGCUGACCUGGGACGCCGCACCAGGAGCCGUCCGCAAAUACAUCAUCACUUACAAGCCAGAGGAGGGAGAACUGAAAGAGGUUGAAGUCAACGGCGACAUCACAACCCUCGUGCUGACCAGCCUCAUUUCGCAGACAGAGUACGACGUGGCCGUGACUCCCAUUUACGAUGAGGGACCUGCAGCCCCCAUGCUCGGAAGCGCCAUCACAGAUGUCGUUCCUGCUCCCAAGAACCUGCAGUUCUCCGAGGUGACCCAGACCUCGUUCAGGGCCACGUGGGAACACGGGGCUCCAGAUGUGGCCCUCUACCGUAUCGGCUGGACCAAGAAGGGCGAGACCAACUACCAGUUUGAAAUCCUGGCCAGUGACGAGACCAGCCAUGUUCUGCAGAACUUGGACCCCGACACCGAGUACACCGUGACCGUCACCGCGAUCUACCCCGACGAAUCGGAGAGCGAAGACUUGAUGGGAGACGAGCGCACACUGUUGAAGGCUCCAGAGGUACUUCCCGAGCCUCCGCGAAACUUGAGGGUUUUCAACGCCACCACGUCCACGCUGACCGUGAAGUGGGACCACGCCCCCGGCCCCGUCAAGAACUACCAGAUCAGCUACAAGCCCAUCGCUGGAGGCGAGCCCCUCUCUGUGCAGAUUGGAGGGAAGAAGACGACCAUCAUCCUGCAGAAGUUGCAGCCCGACACACCCUACUCCGUUACCGUGGCAGCCGUGUAUCCAUCCGGCGUCGGCAAAGACAUCUCCGGAGAAGGAAAAACCAAGCCUCUGGGUGGCGUGCGGAACCUGCAGGUGUUGAACCCGACCAUGACCACCCUGAAUGUGCGCUGGGAGCCUGCAGAGGGCCGAGUGAAGGAGUACCGAGUCAUUUAUGUUCCGGCUGCUGGAGGAGCUGAGAGCAUGGAAACGAUGUCGGCAGGCACGACCACCGCCGUCCUGCGAGGCCUGCAGCCCGACACCCUCUACUCCGUGUCGCUGGUGCCGGUUUACGCUGAAGGAGAUGGAAAGAUGAUGUCAGAAAACGGAAAAACAAAGCCCCUGGGAGGCGUGAAGAACCUGAAGGUGACAGACCCCACCAUGACGUCCCUGAACGUGAAGUGGGAUCCUGCUGAUGGAGCCGUUCGCCUCUACAAGGUUUUCUACGUUCCCGCUGCUGGUGGGCGCGAGGAGAUGGAACAAGUUCCUGCAGGAACCACCUCCAUCAUUCUCAGGAACCUCAUGCCUGAUACCCAGUACACGGUGUCGGUGCUGCCAGUGUAUCCUGCCCGGGAAGGAAAGCGGCAGUCCGAGAAUGGGAAGACCUUGCCUUUGAGUGGCGUUGGCGGCAUGAAGGUGACGGACCCGACUUUCACCUCGCUGUCAGUGAGCUGGGAUCCAGCCGAGGGCAACGUCCAGGGGUACAAAGUCAUCUACGUUCCUACAAACGGAGGACUGGAGAUUGUUAAACAAGUGUCGGAGAGCACCACCAAAACGGUCCUGGAGAAGCUGAGCCCGGACACCCUGUACACCGUCACUGUGGUCCCCGUGUACGCCGAGGGAGACGGACCCAGCCUGACCGACAACGGCAAGACCAAGCCACUGGGCUUCGUGAGGAACCUGCAGGUUACUGAUCCCACCACCAGCACCCUGAACGUCCGCUGGGAGCCUCCCGAGGGAAACGUCCGGGAGUACAUCGUGAUCUGGGUGCCAGCCGAUGGAGGAGAACAGGAUGUGGACCAGGUGUCUGGAACCACCACCAGCACCGUCCUGAAGAACCUGGAUGCGGACACCGAGUACACCGUCACCGUGGUUCCCGUCUACCACGAGAUGGAAGGAAAGCCGCUGUCAAAAAAUGGGAAGACAAAUCCGGUGGGCGGAGUGAAGAACCUGAAAGUGUUUGAUCCAACCAUCAGCACGCUGUCGGUUCGCUGGGAGCCGGCGGUGGGAAACGUUCGAAGCUACAAGGUCCUCUACACAGUGCAGCAUGGAGGAGAGGAGCAGAUGGAGGAGGUGUCGGGAGGGACCACCACCACCAUUCUGAGGAACCUGAACUCUGACACGCUCUACAACGUUGCUGUCAUUCCCGUCUAUCCAGAUGUGGAGGGCAUAAGGCAGACCGAUAAGGGAAAGACAAAACCUCUGGGCGGCGUGAAGAACCUCCAGGUGACCGACCCCACCGUCAACUCUCUGCGGGUCCGCUGGGAGCCGGCCGAGGGCGACGUGAGGCAGUACCAGGUCAUCUACGUCCCCGCCGCCGGGGGCACCGAGAGCAAGACCCAGGUCUCGGGUCUGACUACCAACACCGUGCUGAGGGAGCUGCGUCCGGACACCGAGUACAAAGUGACGGUGGUUCCUGUCUACGCCGACGUUGAGGGGAAACGGAUGUCGGAGAACGGAAAGACGAAGGCUCUGGGUGGUGUGAAGGACCUCCAGGUCACCGAUCCCACCACCAGCUCCCUGAAGGUGCGCUGGGUCCCUGCGGAGGGGAACGUCCGGCAGUACCGCAUCUUCUACGUCCCAGAGUCUGGAGGAGCCGAGGACAUGGAGCAGGUCUCGGGCGGCACCACCAACACUGUCCUCCGGAACCUGCUGUCAGAGACUCUCUACACCGUGACCGUGGUCCCAGUUUACCCAGAGGGAGAAGGUCUGCGCCAGUCCGCCAAAGGAAAAACCCUCCCCCGCACGCCACCCAGGAAUAUCCAGGUGUACAACCCCACCCCCAACAGCCUGAACGUGCGCUGGGAGCCCGCCUCGGGCCAGGUUCAGCAGUACCGGGUGGCGUACGCCUCCCUGAACGGAGCCAGACCCUCAGAGUCGGUCCUGGUUCCAGGAAGCAUUAACAAUGCGUUCCUGGACAACCUGAUUCCAGAUACUUCCUACUCGGUCACCGUGUCCGCCCUGUACGCCGACGCUGAGGGAUCACCCGUACGGGACAACGGAAAAACACUGCCGCGUGCCGGGCCCAGGAACAUGCGUGUGUUUGACGCCACCACCAGCACCCUGACCAUUGGCUGGGACCACGCCGAGGGACCCGUGAGCCAGUACCGGAUCGCCUACGCCCCCAUGACCGGAGACCCCAUCACCGAGUUUGCGUUGGUUCCAGGAAACCGGAACAACGCCAUGCUGCAGAACCUCCUCCCGGACACGCCGUACAACAUCACCGUGGAGGCCAUCUACGCCGAGGGGCCGGGAGGGUCCCUGAAGGGAACCGGACGCACCCUCGGUAUGUUGAGUCCCACAAACCUUCGGAUCUCAGACGAGUGGUACACCAGAUUCAGGGUGGCCUGGGACCCGGUUCCUGCCCCUGUCCAGGGAUACAGGCUCAUCUACUCCCCUGAAGGUAAAAACCAACCAAUCGACAUCUUCGUGGGCGACGUGACCUCGUUCACGCUGACCAACCUGCAGCCUGGAACCACCUACGAUGUCAAAGUUCUGGCUCAGUACACCGCCGGCAUGAGCGCACCGCUCGUCGGGCAGGGAACAACACUUUACCUGAACGUGACCAACAUCGAGACCUACAACGUCGGCCACGACAAGUUCUGCAUCAAAUGGAGUCCUCACCGAGCGGCCACGUCGUACCGGAUCAAGCUUAACCCGGCCGACCCUUCCAGUAAAGGACAACAUGAGAUCACCAUCCCCGCCGGCCUGCCUCAGCACUGCUUCGAAGGACUCUCCCCAGACGCGCUCUACACCGCCACGGUUUUUGUUCAGACCCCGAAUCUGGAAGGUCCUGGAGUCAGCGCUGACGAGAGAACCUUGGUGAAGCCCACCCCGGUUCCAACCAUGCCGCCCACCCCAACACCUCCACCCACCAUCCCCCCCGGAUGGGCAGUUUGUAAAGGUGCCAAAGCAGAUGUGGUGUUCCUCCUCGACGGCUCGUGGAGCAUCGGCGAGGAGAGCUUCACCAAAGUCCUGCACUUCGUCUCCAGCAUGAUCGGAGCCUUCGACGUCAUCGGAACCUCAGGAAUGCAGGUGUCGAUGGUGCAGUACAGUGACAAAGCAAAGACUGAAUUCAAGCUGAACACCUACCAGGACAAAGGCGUUACCAUGGCAGCGCUGCAUCACAUACCCUACAGAGGAGGAAACACCAAAACAGGUGUCGCUCUGAAACACACGUACGAGAAGGCCUUUUCCUUAGAAAACGGGAUGAGGAGAAGUGUUCCCAAGGUAGUCGUGGCGAUCACUGACGGACGCUCUCAGGAUGAGGUGAAGAAGAACGCUGCCAAGCUGCAACAUGCAGGUUAUAGUGUUUUCGCCAUCGGCGUUGCCAGCGUGGACUUCGUUGAGUUGCAGGAGAUCGGGAGUAAGCCCAGCGACAGACACGUCUUCGUCGUGGACGAUUUUGAUGCAUUCGACACCAUCAAAGAAAACCUGAUCACCUUCAUCUGUGAAACAGCGACUUCCUCAUGUCCAUUGAUCUUCCUCAACGGGUUCACGUCUCCCGGCUUCAGGAUGCUGGAGGCCUUCAACCUGACAGAGAAGACCUACAGUUACAUGCAGGGCGUCUCCAUGGAGCCCGGCUCCUUCAACAGCUACACAGCAUACAGACUUCACAAGAACGCCUACCUGAACCAGCCCAUGGCAGAAACCCACCCCGGUGGUCUUCCUCACGCCUACACCAUCAUCCUGAUGUUCCGGCUGCUUCCCGACACGCCGACGGACGCCUUUGACGUCUGGCAGGUGUCCACCAAAGAUCACAAACCAGAGACCGGCGUCACCAUCGACUCCUCCAGCCAGACGGUGUCCUUCUACAACAAAGACGAACGCGGUGAGAUCCAGAGAGUCACGUUCGACCACAGCCAGGUGAAGAGGAUCUUCCAUGGAAGCUUCCACAAGCUCCACAUCCUGGUUUCAUCCACCAGCGUCAAGCUCAACGUCGACUGCCAGGAAGUGGCUGAGAAGAAGAUCAAGGCGGCUGGGAACACAUCCAGCGAUGGCUACCAGGUCCUGGGCAAGAUGUCAAAGUCCAUCGGCUCCAAGGGACAGUCGGCAACCUUCCAGCUCCAGAUGUUUGACAUUAUCUGCAGCCUGGCCUGGACCAGCAGGGACAGAUGCUGCGACCUGCCAUCUAUGAGAGAUGAGUUGAAGUGUCCCUCCCUCCCCAACGCCUGCACCUGCACGUCGGAGUCAACCGGGCAGCCGGGCCCCCAGGGACCAGUGGGCGCCCCCGGCAGCAAAGGUCCUCGAGGUGAAAGAGGAGAGGCCGGUUCUGCUGGACCGAUCGGCCCGCGAGGAGAUCCCGGACCGCCGGGGCCGAUGGGUCUGCCCGGCCCCCAAGGACCUAGUGGGAUGUCCAUUCCAGGAGAGGCGGGCCGUCCUGGACCUAAGGGAGACCCUGGUGACUCCGGCUUGCCUGGGCAGAAAGGCUCCCCGGGUCCUGCCGGUGCCGUCGGCCCCAUGGGACCAGCUGGAGUGAGGGGCCCCCCAGGAAAGGAAGGACCAGUCGGACCCAGGGGACCAGCGGGGCCCAUGGGGCCUCCAGGAUCCCCCGGAAUACCGGGUCCUACGGGACAGUCAGGAAACCCCGGAGACUCCGGUGCUCCUGGUUCUGUUGGUCCCAAAGGAGACAAAGGAGAGAGGGGCGACUUUGCUCCUCAGAACAUGAUGCGGUCCAUCGCCAGGCAGGUGUGCUCGCAGCUCGUCAACGAUCAAAUGAACCGCGUCAACACUUUACUCAACCAGAUCCCCAACGGCAUGUACCGCAGCAAUAACCCAGGACCUCCAGGUCCUCCCGGAUCUCCUGGCAGGCAGGGACCCAGUGGAGAACCGGGCCAGGCAGGAAGGAACGGUUUCCCUGGAAGCCCCGGUUUACCUGGACAGCAAGGAGAGAGAGGGCCUGCAGGAGAGAAGGGUGACCGAGGAUCUGAAGGAGUCGGACAGAAAGGACCAAGAGGGCCUGCAGGUCCUCCAGGAGAGAGCAGGACAGGACCUCCAGGACCGCCAGGCUCUGAAGGGCCUCGUGGUCCCCCUGGACGUCCAGGCUACGCCGGAGUGCGCGGCCCUCCUGGACCUUCUGGAUACUGUGACUCCUCUCAGUGUGUCGGUAUUCCCUACAACGGGCAGGGAUACGGAGGUUCGCCAUAUUAAACUUUUAAUGCCGCCUGUGCUGCUUUCACUGACUUUCUGAACAAAAACACGAGUCCUGUAAAUGAAACACCUGCUCAUUCGCUCUAGAGCUGCUUAGAGGAUAACCACCACAGGAAACACUAACUCGCUGACAACCAACACAACAAAGAGGGAGGCGGUACUAACAUCGACUCACAGCCGGCAGCAGCAGGGACGCCACCGACCUGUUUACUGCACAGUUUGCAUCUUGAAGCCAAAGACCAAACAAAGAAGCCUUGUGUUCAGUGGAGCGGCAUGCACCAACAAACACUAACGGAGACCGAGCAGCAGCUCCAGCAGCGUUUCUCUCCAUGUGUAAAUGAACUAAUCUGUGCCUUGUACAUGAUGUCUGAAUAAACUCCACUAAGUCUACUCUUAACAGCGGUAGUUUGGAAGCUUGAGCCUUGCUGACGAGAACGCCUCCUUCCUUACUUUCCUGUGUUAGAGCUCAGGGCCAAACUCCGGCGCACCUGCAUGAGACCCGGAGCUUCGCAUUGACCUCCGAGUUAAAAGCUUUCUCCUUGUUUCUGCAACUUUUCUCCCCACACUGUCAGGAUGCUAGAAGCUACUAACAUCUCAAGGUGCGGAAAUGAGCGUGACUGGACUAACAUGGAUGCAGCAACAUGUCUUUCUAACAGGGGUGUCUCCAGAGGGGGGCCUCAGGUGGCCUAUUCCCACCUGAUCUCAGUUUAACACCUGAGACCAACAUUAGAAAAUAGCAAAGUCUCUCCAGGUCUUCUUUUCUAUGUUCUAUAUGUUUAGAAGCAUCUUAGUUCAGCAUUUUACGCUUCAAACUCACAGAACAGAACAGCUGCUUUUCCCUGCAGAUGGAACAUAAUAACCACAGUUUUCCACAAACUUAAAGCCCUGCUGGCUAAUUUCACAUUAUUGAACAUUAGCGGAGAUAAUGCACUGCUAACCUAUGCUAAUUACCAUUUACCUAGGUUGGCUCAUCUGGUUUUAAUACAUAGUUUUUAAUUCAUCUACUGACAAAGUUUCAGUAGAUCUGGAGAAAUAAGCUAAAGCUAACAGUUAGCUAAUAUUUCCUCAGCUAGGUAAACAGAUGCAUCUAUGGUUUUAGAUCAUUUCUGUAAGCAGGUAGCUCAUUAAAAAACGGACAAAAACCUAACUUUGAACCAGAUUUGAUAUAUGUUGUAAAAGAGGAGUAAAGCAUCUUAGUCCAGCAUUUGGUUGUUUUAACCGAUUAAACCACAAGACACAUCUGGAUUUUAAAGUCAAACAGAACAUUCCUGCAGUUAUAAAGUUUCCCCGCUGGCUGAUUUCACGUUAGAUUAUUUGCAGAGAUAAUAAACUACAAAUGCACUGCUAAUGAUAACAAUGCUAAUUGUCACUCAGCCAGGUUGGCUCAUCUGUUUCUUUAAGGUUUAAUAAAGUUUUUAAAGACUGAAUUAGUGAUGGAGUUUCAGUAGACCUGGAGGAACUAGCUUUAGCUAAAGCUAACACUUAGCUUUGCUGACCUCAUCGAUAUAAACGGAUGCAUCUACGGCGCAUUAUUCUAAACCAAAUGAGACAUUAAAAUCUAACUCCUGAGCUGGUGUGUGUAGAUAAACGGACCCUGUUGGACCUGGACCCCAUGGCGACGCCCCUGCCGUCUACUAACACCUGGGUCUGUGCUUCAGCCAAGAUAGAAACUUCAGUUCUUGUUGUGCAUGCCGACACUGUCUGACAGGAAGUUUGCUAUUUCACGCUCAAACGGGCCAAAAAUUAUCUCCAAGCAGGCACUCGUGUGGUCCCAGUCCGCGAGGAGGACCAGGUUCUGCAAAACCAGCGUCGAAAGAGGUCGCUACCACGCAAGGCGUCCAACAGGCUAUCAUCAUAAGACACGCCACGCUUUCUUUCUGGUUUCUGUUUUUUAUUCAACCUGUGUUUGUUGUUAGAGUUCUACGCAGAAAAAAGGGGGUUUGACACCUCAGAUUUAUUGGAGAAAAACCUUUAAAUGCCUAAAAGUGUCUGUGAAUAUUCCUUUUUUGUGUCGGGUGUAAGUCACGGCGGGGAGAGGGGAGUGUUUGGGGUUGAUUAGGUAGAUUUCUUUAAAAAGAAAAAAAAUGCUAAGAAUUGAUGAAAUCAUGUGAGCUUUUUUCCUCAACCUGUUUCUUGCCUGUAACAUAUUUGCAUUGAGUUUGUAUUGAUUAGCAGAGCUGAACAGUGCACACGGAGCUGGCGGAGGGAGAGAAACGAUUCGCUUUUUAUUUUUUCUGUCUCACUUCAUCCAGUAAGUCACAUAUAACCCUUCACGGUUCACGUUCAUUAUAACACCGCUUUCAUCAUGUAUCUCUAGACCUAGUAUUUAUCAGUUUCUUUUACUCUGUCACAGCUAGUUUUACCCAAGGUGGGAUUGCAUGUCUGUGGUGUAUAUUUACUAUGUUUAACCAGGAUUUCGGUGUCAUUCUGCCAGUUUCUCAGUACCAGCUGCAGUUCCAACCCGAGCACACGGCAUGGACGCUGUGUUGCUGCUUCCUGUUUUAACUGCAGAUUGUGAAUUCCACAGCCUUAUUUUCUUAUUUAUUUCUGAAAACAGAAGAGGCAUUUUUCAAUAAAACUACUGAAAAUCUA